ACCCACUUGUUUGUCAAAAAAACAUUCUCCUCCAUCAUUUCCGUUAAAAACGCCAUUAUCUUUAAAACAGCAUUUUAAAUAAAUCACAAAAUUCUUCUCACGCAUCAUGUCAUCCGAUGAAUCUAAUUCCACUGAACUCUUAACAUCCUCGCAAAAAUCUAAAAGAACUUAUAAAUCCCGCAUGAUUCCUUUGGAGUCCGGACAACGUUGUAUAGCCUCAGCUAUGGCAAGAAUUAUUAAGCACAUGGUUAGUAAAGAAUUGCAAGAACGUUGUAAGGAUCUCUUGCAAAUGGAAGAUAUGGCCGAGACUGAGGCACGUAUUUUACAUGUUUUACAGCAAAUCGAUAAAGAACGAGAGGAGGCGGAGAAGGAAAAGGGCAAUAAACGGAAAAGAAUUAAAAAGACUUUUGGUUAAGGAAAAAUAAAAGAUGGACUAAAAGUUUAAAUCUUACAAAUAAGAAACCUAACCUUAAAAUAAGUAUUAAAAUUUGUAAAUCUAAAACUAACCUCAAAAUUUGUUACAGCUUUUAAACAUCUUUUUUAUUUAAAAUAUUUAAAAUAAGUAAAACCAGCAUAACCUAAAAAAACUAUUGAGU